UCCCUCCCCCGGAAGUGAUACCUGAUGUAAACACUGGAGCCGGGCCUUGAAGCCCGGGAGGUCUGAGAGCCGGGCCGCGGGCGGCGCCGACAGCAGGGUUCAGGAUCAGGGACGCGUGGGCGAUCAGGUCAGCAGUCCUGGACCAUGAGUCAGCAACCACUUCGAGGAGUGACCAGCCUACGGUUCAACCAAGACCAAAGCUGUUUUUGCUGUGCCAUGGAAACAGGUGUGCGUAUCUACAAUGUGGAGCCACUGAUGGAGAAGGGGCAUCUGGACCAUGAGCAGGUGGGUAGCAUGGGCCUGGUGGAGAUGCUACAUCGCUCUAACCUGCUGGCCCUGGUGGGCGGUGGCAGCAGCCCCAAGUUCUCAGAGAUCUCAGUGCUGAUCUGGGAUGAUGCCCGGGAGGGCAAGGACUCCAAGGACAAGCUGGUGCUCGAGUUUACCUUCACCAAGUCUGUGUUGGCUGUCCGCAUGCGCCAUGACAAGAUCGUCAUCGUGCUGAGGAACCGCAUCUACGUCUACUCCUUCCCGGACAAUCCUCGGAAGCUGUUUGAGUUUGAUACCCGAGACAACCCCAAGGGACUCUGCGAUCUGUGUCCCAGCCUGGAGAAGCAAUUGUUAGUGUUCCCGGGACACAAGUGUGGGAGCCUGCAGCUUGUGGACCUGGCCAGCACAAAGCCUGGCACUUCCUCAGCUCCAUUCACUAUCAACGCCCAUCAGAGCGAUGUGGCCUGUGUGUCCCUAAACCAGCCUGGCACUGUAGUGGCCUCGGCCUCCCAGAAGGGCACCCUAAUUCGCCUUUUUGACACCCAGUCCAAGGAGAAGCUGGUGGAGCUGCGGCGGGGCACUGACCCGGCCACCCUCUACUGCAUCAACUUCAGCCAUGACUCCUCCUUCCUAUGCGCUUCCAGUGACAAGGGCACUGUUCACAUCUUUGCUCUCAAGGAUACCCGCCUAAACCGACGUUCAGCGCUGGCUCGUGUUGGCAAAGUGGGACCUAUGAUCGGGCAGUAUGUGGACUCGCAGUGGAGCCUAGCCAGCUUCACCGUGCCGGCCGAGUCUGCAUGCAUCUGUGCCUUCGGGCGAAACACUUCCAAGAAUGUCAACUCUGUCAUCGCCAUCUGCGUGGAUGGAACCUUCCACAAGUAUGUCUUCACCCCGGAUGGGAACUGCAACAGAGAGGCUUUCGAUGUGUACCUUGACAUCUGUGACGACGAUGACUUUUAAGGAACCCUGAGGGCUGUGUUAGGAACCUGCUGCUGUUGACUGCAGAGCCUUGGCGCAGGGAAGGCUGGGAGUGCUGUGGCAGUCCCAAGCAGCCAGCAUUAAUGCCAGCCGGUGCCCGCUUCCCGCUCACUGCUCACUCAGCAGAGCAGUGUCUCAGCAGCUCACUUCCCCUAAAGCACUUUUGGAUGGCUGUGCCCAGAAGGUCAGGCCAGCCCAGGAAGGCAUGAGUCCCUGGGGUUUUAACCUGGAAAAGAACCCCCUACCCCUUGAUCUCCUAGGGACCCAGGGGGAGCACCCUAAUCCAGUCUGCGGGGAUUUAAAAAAACCUCAGAAAGAGAUACUCUCGUGUGAUGAAAUCAAAUAAAGGAUACUUAAAGAGA